UUUUCAUUGAAUAGGAUAAACGAAAUACUUACUCUUAUAUGAUCCUAGUUCUUAAGACUAAUUGUUUAUUUUGAUUUAACAAAGAAAAAAUGGAAUUUCCAUUUAACUUAAAAAAAAGUUCUGCCUCGAGUACCAAUACCAAAGUAUAUGUUGCUACUUUUGAUUUCGAGAUUGGAAUGAUCAUGGCAGCUGGUGAUGAUGAAUUUCUUUAUAUUGUUGCCUUUAAAGAUUCAAAAAACGUUAAAGACAUUUUUGUAAAAGUAGCAAAAGAACUUUCAUGUGAAUUUGUAAAUAAAAAGAACAAGUUACUAGAGAAUUUCGAAGUAGAAUUAAAAGAUUAUUUUGAUGGUAAACUCAAGAACUUCAGUAUACCUAUUAAAUUUUUUGGUACAGAUUUUCAAAAGGAGGUUUGGGAUUUGCUGUACAAACAAGAUUAUGGAACAACUCAGACUUACGGAGACUUGGCAAAAGCAUUAGGGCGAUCUGGGAGCCAUGCUAGAGCAAUUGGUGCUGCAUGUGGGGCCAAUGGACAUAUAAUUGUUAUUCCAUGUCACAGGAUAGUUGCAUCAGGUUCAAAGGGAGGGUUCAGUAGUGGUGGUGACAGGAAAGAAUGGUUGUUACAACAUGAACAUAAGUACAGUUGAAAUGUUAUGGUAACGGCACUUGUUUUUAGACUUAAAUAGUAACAGAAAGUACAAACUUGUCUUAAAACAUUCAAUGUUACAAAUGAGUUAUGUUAAAAAUAAAUUCAUUUGAAAAUAUGUGUAAUUACAUUUUA